AUGACGAGGCCCGUGAGUGGCUCCCUCUCGGGGAAGGUAGUUUUGCCGUGCCACUUCUCCACCAUACCCACUACCAUGCCCGCCACCAACGCCAAUGGCACCACCCCCAGCACUGACUACCUGCGCAUCAAAUGGACCAAAAUGGAUGGAGAAAAGGAAUCCACAGUGCUGGUGGCCCAAAAUGGCAAGAUUAAAAUAGGCUCCACCUACAGGAACCGUGUGUCGGUGCCCAGCCACCCAGAGGAUGUGGGGGAUUCUUCUCUGACCAUGGUGAAGCUCCGAGCCAGCGAUGCCGGCACCUACCGCUGUGAGGUCAUGUACGGCAUCGAGGACACGCAGGACACGGUCAACCUCAAUGUCAACGGUGUUGUGUUUCACUACCGGGCAAGCACCAGCAGGUACACCAUGAACUAUGAGAAUGCUGUCCAGGCCUGCCAAACCGUAGGAGCCUCCAUUGCCACGCCUGACCAGCUGAAAUCAGCGUAUGAGGACGGCUUUGACCACUGUGAUGCAGGUUGGAUCGCAGAUCUGUCAGUUAGAUACCCAAUCACUAGACCGAGACCUGGCUGCUAUGGAAACCUGCAGAGGAAGCCUGGGGUGAGGACAUAUGGACCCCGAAAGGCCACAGAGACCUAUGACGUGUACUGUUAUGUGGACAAGCUGAAUGGUGAGGUGUACUACGCACCUGUGACCUAUAAGAUGACGUUUGAGGAGGCGAAGGAGGAGUGUGAGAACAGGAACGCCGCCCUGGCGUCGCCGGGUCAGCUCCACUCCGCCUGGAGACAGGGUCUGGACAGGUGUGACUACGGCUGGCUGGCCGACGGCAGCGCUCGCCACCCCGUCGCGGUACCCAGAAUGCAGUGUGGCGGCGGUCUGCUGGGCGUCAGGACCAUGUAUCGCUACAGGAACCAGACUGGCUUCCCAGAACCCAUCACCCAGCUGGGAGCAUACUGCUUCAAAGGCAUCCACUCCUGCGAUGAGAACAUGUGUCUGAAUGGGGGCUCUUGCUACAGAAGCGGAAGUUUCCAAUCUUGCAGCUGUGCCCCUGGCUACAGUGGAGAUCGUUGUGAGACAGACAUUGAUGAAUGUCAAUCCAACCCCUGUCGCAAUGGAGGUACAUGCAUUGACGGCCUGAAUUCCUUCACCUGUGUUUGCCUCCCAAGCUAUGCUGGAUUGUAUUGUGAUGAAGACACUCAGGCAUGUGACUACGGCUGGCAUAAAUUCCAGGGACACUGCUACAAGUACACCCCCCAGAGGAGGAACUGGGACACAGCGGAGAAGGAGUGUCGGGUACAGGGGGCACACCUCACCAGCAUUCUCUCCCAUGACGAGCAGCAGUUUGUCAACCGUCUUGGACAGGACUACCAAUGGAUCGGCCUGAACGAUAAGAUGUACGAUAAUGACUUCCGCUGGACCGACAGCAUGCCCAUGCAAUAUGAAAACUGGCGCCCCAACCAGCCGGACAGUUUCUUCUCGUCUGGAGAGGACUGUGUGGUGAUGAUCUGGCACGAGGACGGCCAGUGGAACGAUGUGCCCUGUAAUUAUCACCUCACCUUCACCUGCAAGAAAGGCACAGUGGCCUGUAAUCAGCCCCCUCUGGUACAGAAUGCUCAGACCUUCGGCAGGAAGAGGUCACGCUAUGAGAUCAAUGCUCUGGUGAGGUACCAGUGUAAGGACGGCUUCAUCCAGAGGCAUGUGCCAACCAUCCGUUGCCGUGGAGAUGGCCGAUGGGACAUGCCCAAAAUUGCUUGCAUGAGUCCAUCAAACUCCCAAAGGGCAUUCUCAAGUAGGCACCAGAGCUACCGCCUGUUCAGCAGUAACAACUCCAAGUGGCGGUCCGACGAGGCGGAGGCCCGACACCUGGCCUGUAAUCAGCCCCCUCUGGUACAGAAUGCUCAGACCUUCGGCAGGAAGAGGUCACGCUAUGAGAUCAAUGCUCUGGUGAGGUACCAUUAUAAGGACGGCUUCAUCCAGAGGCAUGUGCCAACCAUCCGUUGCCGUGGAGAUGGCCGAUGGGACAUGCCCAAAAUUGCUUGCAUGAGUCCAUCAAACUCCCAAAGGGCAUUCUCAAGUAGGCACCAGAGCUACCGCCUGUUCAGCAGUAACAACUCCAAGUGGCGGUCCGACGAGGCGGAGGCCCGACACCUGGCCUGUAAUCAGCCCCCUCUGGUACAGAAUGCUCAGACCUUCGGCAGGAAGAGGUCACGCUAUGAGAUCAAUGCUCUGGUGAGGUACCAUUAUAAGGACGGCUUCAUCCAGAGGCAUGUGCCAACCAUCCGUUGCCGUGGAGAUGGCCGAUGGGACAUGCCCAAAAUUGCUUGCAUGAGUCCAUCAAACUCCCAAAGGGCAUUCUCAAGUAGGCACCAGAGCUACCGCCUGUUCAGCAGUAACAACUCCAAGUGGCGGUCCGACGAGGCGGAGGCCCGACACCGUCCUCACCAUCGAGGAAGGAGAUUGAGGAGAUCGGUGAACAGGCGAAACAGAAGACAGUGA